AGCUGAAAAGAAGCAGUUUUUUACGUUAGCCGAUUUCAGUAAUUUGUGCUUGGUGCUAAAAAAGUUGGCAACGUUGAUUUGCAAAGUGGAGGCUCGAUAACGAUUGCGAUCACACUGAAAAAGCUGUCUGUACAACCCUGAAAAAUGGUAGCUCAACAAGGUUGCCAGAUCUUGCUACCAUUUUGUAAAAGAAGCAAAUUUGAAUUUUGCAAAUGACUUAAAGCGCUAGGUUAGAUAAAAUGUUCAAUGUGAAUACAGUAAUUCAAACUCAACAAACUGCACUUGGUACAAAUACAAAUAACACUUCAAACGAGAAUACUUCGAGUGAACGGCAUAGCCAAUUUCACAGCCAAACAUUAGUCCAGCAAUUUUGUCGAGCAACGCACCUAGGAAAAUUGAUUGAGGGCACCGUCAACAGCUUUCUGAGCAACUAUAGGCGCACGCGUAAACCGGAGGACGCGCUGGGGCCGCUGUUGCUGCGCCUAGAUUUCAACUACGCAGAGCUGGUGAAUCACGCACCGCAGCUGCUGAACCUGGCCGUAGCCGAGCCUCUGCAGUUUGCCGAGGCGAUCAAGUACUCUGUCUACGGGCAGGUACGCGACUUGCUAAAAUCAAACGCGAACCCCAACGAAAGUUCUCUCAAGGCAAUUGACAUCGCGCAGCUGCAUACGCAGUGGCGUCUGCUGGAUUUGCCACUACAAUCGAAUUUAGUCUUUGAUCCAUCAGAGUGGCUGUACCCACUGGGCUUGGCUUUGGUGGAUGGCAUCUUGUCCGCUCUCACGCUGCCGGAGGUAUUAGUGCUGCAAUCAAUUUGGUACUGCGCCAGCGGUUGUAUGAGAAAUGCUAUUCAAACCAGCUCCACUGAUGCACCAUUGUGCCCAAACUGCUCGCGUCCUAUGAGUGAAUACCAAAAGCUGCGCGUAACAGAGAAUUAUCGAUUGCUUGCCGUUUUGCCGAAAGCCUGUGCGCAGACUCCGCGUACUGUGGAUCGCAUCUAUCGGCCGAUUCUGGUGCGCGUGCGUGCUCAUACGUACGAUUGUGAUCUGAAGUUGGGCGCCAAUUAUCUGAUCACUGGCUACUACUGCGGCACGGCUACCACGUAUCAGUUCGAAGCAUGCCAUCUAAAAAGAGUUUAAGGACCACACAAAAUCGUCGUCAGCCCGUUCAGCUGAUUGACUUUUUGCGCGCCGACGUUGAUCAUCCAAACUCGAUGCAGUCG